GGACGGACAGUCGGCGGCGAUGAGCCAUGGCCUCGGUGAAGGUGGCCGUGCGGGUACGGCCCAUGAACCGCAGGGAGAAAGACCUAAAUGCAAAGUUUAUUAUUUCAAUGGAAAAAAAUAAAACAACAAUCACAAACUUAAAGGUACCAGAGGGUGCUACUGGAGACACAGGACGAGAAAGAACGAAGACAUUUACCUAUGAUUUUUCCUAUUUCUCAGCAGACAGUAAAAGUCCCAGCUUUGUUUGUCAAGAAAUGGUUUUCAAAAAUCUUGGUACGGAUGUGCUUAAAUCUGCUUUUGAAGGUUAUAAUGCCUGUGUUUUUGCAUAUGGACAGACUGGAUCUGGGAAGUCCUACACCAUGAUGGGAAAUGCGGGUGAUGCAGGUUUGAUACCUCGAAUUUGUGAAGGAUUAUUCAGCCAAAUAAGUGAAAAAACAAAGCGGAAUGAGGCAUCAUUUCGAACAGAGGUCAGUUAUCUGGAAAUUUAUAAUGAACGUGUGAGAGAUCUUCUCAGAAGGAAGUCGUCAAAAACCAAUAAUUUACGAAUACGAGAACAUCCAAAAGAAGGGCCGUAUGUUGAGGACUUGUCUAAACAUUUAGUGCAAAAUUAUACUGAUGUAGAGGAACUUAUGGAAGCAGGAAAUAUAAAUAGGACAACGGCUGCCACUGGAAUGAAUGAUGUCAGUAGCAGGUCUCAUGCCAUUUUCACAAUCAACUUCACUCAGGCUAAAUUUGAUUCUGAAAUGCCUUGUGAAACUGUUAGCAAGAUUCAUUUGGUAGAUCUUGCUGGAAGUGAGAGAGCAGAUGCCACUGGUGCCACAGGGGUUAGAUUAAAGGAAGGAGGGAAUAUUAACAAAUCUCUAGUUACUCUGGGAAACGUAAUUUCUGCCUUAGCUGAUUUAUCUCAGGAUGCAACAAAUCCACUUUCAAAGAAGAAACAAGUAUUUGUGCCUUACAGGGACUCUGUGUUGACUUGGCUGUUAAAAGAUAGCCUAGGAGGAAACUCUAAAACUAUAAUGAUUGCCACUAUUUCACCUGCUGAUGUCAAUUACGGUGAAACUUUAAGUACACUUCGCUAUGCAAAUAGAGCCAAAAACAUCAUCAACAAGCCUACUAUUAAUGAGGAUCCCAACGUCAAACUGAUCCGUGAGCUGAGAGCUGAAAUAGCCCGAUUAAAAGCCCUGCUUGCUCAGGGGAAUCAGAUUGCACUCUUGGAUUCUCCAACAGCUUUAAGUAUGGAAGAAAAGCUUCAGCAGAAUGAAGCAAGGGUACAAGAACUGACCAAAGAGUGGACAAACAAGUGGAAUGAAACUCAAGAUAUUCUGAAAGAACAAACCUUGGCUCUGAGAAAAGAAGGGAUAGGUGUUGUCUUAGAUUCUGAACUGCCUCAUCUCAUUGGCAUUGAUGAUGAUCUUCUCAGUACUGGUAUCAUCUUGUACCACCUGAAGGAGGGCCAAACAUAUGUUGGCAGAGAAGAUGCAAUGACGGAACAGGAUAUUGUUCUUCAUGGCCUUGAUCUGGAAAGCGAGCAUUGCAUCUUUGAAAAUCUCAAUGGCGCUGUGAACCUCAUCCCGCUGAACGGAGCGCAGUGUUCUGUGAAUGGUAUUCAGAUUACAGAGCCCACACACCUCAACCAAGGUGCUGUUAUAUUACUUGGAAGAACCAAUAUGUUUCGCUUUAAUCACCCAAAAGAAGCUGCCAAGCUCAGGGAGAAAAGAAAGAGUGGACUGCUGUCUUCCUUCAGCUUGUCUAUGACAGAUCUUUCAAAAUCCUGUGAGAACCUGUCAGCAGUUAUGCUUUAUAAUCCAGGGCUAGAAUUUGAGAGACAACAACGAGAGGAGCUUGAAAAAUUAGAAAGUAAAAGGAAACAAAUAGAAGAGAUGGAAGAAAAACAAAGAUCUGACAAAGCAGAACUUGUAAGAAUGCAGCAAGAAGUAGAGUCACAGCGAAAGGAGACAGAGAUAGUUCAGCUGCAAAUUCGAAAACAGGAGGAGAGUCUGAAACAGAGAAGUGUUCACAUUGAGAGCAGGUUAAAGGAUUUGCUGGCUGAAAAAGAGAAAUUUGAAGAAGAGAGAUUACGGGAACAACAGGAGAUAGAGCUUCAAAAGAAAAAGCAUCAGGAAGAAAUUUUUGCCCGGGUCAAAGAGGAGUUGCAGCGACUACAAGAGCUUAAUCAUAAUGAGAAAGCAGAGAAAAUGCAAAUUUUUCGUGAACUAGAAAGACUUAAAAAGGAAAAAGAUGAGCAAUAUGUUAAGCUGGAGUCAGAAAAAAAAAGACUUGAAGAACAGGAAAGAGAGCAGGUGAUGCUUGUGGCUCAUCUAGAGGAACAGCUUCGAGAGAAGCAAGUCAUGAUAGAGCUCCUGAAGAGAGGGGAUGUGCAGAGAGUUGAAGAAGAGAGAAGAGACCUUGAAGAUAUUAGAGAAUCUCUAUUGAAAGUCAAGGAAGCCCGCUCUGAAGGUGAUGAAAACCGUGAAGAAUUAGAGAAAGCACAGCAUGAUUUUGUAGAGUUUAAAAGGAAACAGCUGGAACACUUGACCAUUUUGGAAAAAGAUUUAGUUCAGCAAAUAGAUCACCUAGAAAAGGAAAUAGCAGAUGAAAAAGGGGCUCUGGAGCACUUAAAAUUUGCACAUGAAGAACAUUUAAAUCCCAAGAGAGAUGAUGAAAACUCUAUGGAUCCCAUACUCAAGGCUGAAGAAGCUGACAAGAUAAAGCCAGUGGAGUACAGGCUCCAAUCUAAAGUACGCCAGCUUGAGUACCUGAAGAGUAAUCAUUUGCCAGCUCUGCUGGAAGAAAAACAAAGAGCUUCUGAAAUCCUUGACAGGGGCUUGUUAGGGUUAGAUAAUACUCUCUAUCAAAUAGAGAAAGAAAUAGAAGAAAAAGAAGAGAAGCUUGCCCAGUAUAGAGCCAGCACAAAUCAGCUGCAGCAGCUUCAAGAAACCUUUGAAUUCACAGCCAAUGUAGCUCGUCAGGAAGAAAAGGUUCGGAAAAAGGAAAAAGAAAUUCUUGAAUCAAGGGAAAAGCAGCAGAGAGAGGCUCUGGAGCAGGCUGUUGCUAAGUUAGAAAGGAGGCAUUCGGCUUUGCAGCGUCGCUCGACGAUCGACUUUGAAAUUGAGGAGCAGAGACAGAAGCUGGCCACCCUGAACAACAGCUGCAGUGAGCAGGCAGGGCUGCAGGCCAGUCUGGAAGCUCAGCAGAAAGCCCUUGAGCAAGACCGAGAACGCCUGGACCAAGAAAUUCAACAGCUGAAGCAAAAAAUAUAUGAGGGUGAUGGUGCUCAGAAAGGAAACCAUGGAAUAUUGGAAGAGAGACUCUCCCAUAGCACUUCCCCUUCCAACCCAGCAAAGCCACAGCCACCCUCUGCUCCCCUAGUUGAUGAUAGGAUAAAUGCCUUUAUUGAACAAGAAGUGCAGAGAAGGCUCCAGAAUAUUCAUCAUAAAGCUGAGGAUAACAAUGUUAGUGUGGCCUGGUCUACAGAAAGUUUAAAGGAUAAUGAGAGGCUUAAUAACGGCACCGUUCAACGCAAGCUGAAGUAUGAGCAGAAAUGUCAACAGUGGCAGCCACACUAUGGCUUUCCAUUUCUCUCUAAAGAUGACAAAUGUGCUUCUGAGUUGCAUGGAGAAAACACAGGAGUAAGAGACCAUAAGAAACAGAAGGCAUAUACAGAGAUUCUGGAUUUAUUUUUCAAUUCUGGGAGAAGCUGCUCCUCUUUUACAUCAGAGAAGGCAUUUCAGAAUGAAAGGAGUAAUUCGGAACAGAAGAGCUUUGCUUGUCAUCAUGACAUUAAAAGUAGUUUAAUUCACGCUAAAAAUACUAAUACUUUAAAGAGUAAAAAUGUUUCUUAUCAGAAUGUUUUAUCUACUUCUUUACAAAGUCCUGACUUUAAUAAUGUGGCUUAUUCACUCUGCAAGGUUGAAAAUUUCAGUCAUUUUGACGAUAAAAUAAUUACUUCUUCAGAUUGUGACAGCGCAAGAACUGAAUCUGAUUGUUCCCACUCGAAACAGCUGUCUCCUGUAGGAUCCUUAAUGGGUGCUAAUGAGCAGACUGGCUUUAACAGUGUAUCAUGCGUUUUUUUUUCUCAGUCUAAUAUGCAUUCUGAAACAAAAACUUAUGAAGAAAACAGCCCAUUAAGUGCAGUGCAUCCAGCAAUCGAAGACCAGUCUAGUAAUUCUCAGCUUCCAACACAAAAAGCCUUUGAUUUGAUCCCUUUUAAGUCAAUAGCUUCUCAUUUUGGUGUGAGACCAGAACACGCUUCCAGUUUAGGGUCUCUUGUCAGUAAGCUUUCCUGCCUUUACAAAAAUACCAGUAGUCAGCUGCUCAACAGUGCUGUGGUUUCCAAACAAAUCAAGGAGUUGGGAAGUUUGUGUGACAGAAGCGAGAAGUGUGCACAGGCGGUAUCAUUAAUAAAAAAUCUGCCAUUUAUAAGGAACUUGCAAGUAAAUGUGUUCAAGUCAGAUGUGAAUCAAGACAUGUCCCACACUACUGAUGACGCCAAAGCUCAUACUGAAAAUGUCAUUCAACCUGAGUCUCCUGUGCAAGAGGCUGUCACAGCGUGUGUGAGCACAGAGAUCUCGGAUGCCUGUACGAGAAAGCCCCCUGAAGGAUUUGCAUGCUGUAGUAAAAAGGAAGAGCUGGAAAAAAGUUUUGUGUUAAGACAGAACUUUGUGCAUUUUCCUGAUGUCUUUCUGAAGCUUCAAGUCUUUUCCCUGGAAAAACUACUGGAAUUUUUGACCUAUGCUUUACCUCAGAUUUCUGUUAGGAUGGAGGAGUUGAAAGGUAUCUACUGGCUUGCUGUUGGCAAUUGCAAAAAACCUGACCCAGAACCUGCUUGCUUGCUUUUGUUCAGCUCCAUUCUAUAUGUUGUUGUGUCAUCAGCUGAACAAGACACCUACCAGAGUUCCUUGGUACUGCUUUGUGAGGUUCCUAUUGACUCUCUAAAGGAGAUUCAAGUUGGCUUUGCUGGACAGAAUAUUAGUCUUCUGUGUUCUGCUGAAGAUGGUUUACUCACAAUAUUUACCUACAACAAACACUUCACUCAAAGAAUUUGCCACGACAUAGUGAGCAUUUUGAUUUCUACAGCGGAUGAUGAUGCUUAUUUAAAUCACCAGCUCUUGAAAGGUGAUUUGGCUCAGAUUUCACUUGACUGGACUUCAGAUGUAAAUGGCUUGGUUUUUUCAAACGGAGUGCAAUUGUCCUGUAAAUUUCAAACUGAGUUAGCUGAUCUGGUUUACUUACUCCAUGAAAAUAUGGGAAGUAUUAAACCUCCAUUAGGUGACAUUCAUGUACUGCUAUAUACCUCAGUGAAAGUAGACUGUGCUGAGCAGACUGUGUAUAGAACUCUUGUUCUUACAACUACUCAUAUAGGUCUCUUAAAGAAAAAUCAUGCACUGAACAUUGAGGAUGCUUCCUGCCAGCGAUCACAAUUUGACACCCUUCAGUUGUACAGUUUGAACGAUAUCCGAUGUACAGUUCUGCCUGACAAAGAGAAUUGCACAAAAAUUGAGCUUGUGUUUUCUAGAAGGAGCAAGGUUGGAUCUGAUUCAGGAACUGGUUUUUCUAAAUACUGUGAAAAAGAAAUAAAUACUCAACUGACAGUCAUCCCAUCAAUUCUUCAAAGCAGUUUGCAUAUCCCUUCGGAAAUCUGGAAAUUAACAUUCAGUUCAAGUGAAGAAGCCAUUUGGCUAAUUAUGCAUCUGACUAGGUGUUGAAAUCCAAAUACGUUUAGAUACAUUCAAAAUAAGAGGGUAAUGAAUAUUGAUAAAAUCCUUUUUUGCUGCCUUUUUUUUUAAUCAAUAGACAAAAGGGACCUUUGAGCCUCUAAAGGAAUGCCGUAGACUGUGUACAUACAUCCUAACAAUAAUAAUUAUUACUUGAGUGCUUGCUUUUUGUGGGUCUAUGCUAUCCUGUACAUACAUUUCCUUUGGAAAGUGAGGAAAUUAAAUGUUUCUAUGUUAUGUGGUAGGUGGAUGAAAACUAUAAUUACAGCUCUGUCUUCUGAUUUCCAUUUUGGCUGUGUUUUCUGGCUCCUUCCAUCUACUAUCUGUCUUCAUUAAUGUCUUCUCCAUUCCUCCUCGAUUGCCUUUUCCGUAAUUUUUCUGAGUAUCUCUGUUUUUCAUGCUCCUCAUUUAUUUCAUGCCCUUGAUCUCAAUCAGUAGCUGAAAACAUCUGCAAAAUUUUUUUUAUCUUGCAUUCACUGCAUGCUCUUAGUAUUACAGAUAUUUACAGCUUCUAUACAUGCAAUUUUGAGAAGAAUAGCAUUGACAAUUCUCUCCUGCUUCAGAGUUUUGCAUUUAAGGUUGAUUGCACUUUCACAUCAGAGUUUGUCACAAGUGCAGAAAGAGCUGUGCUUUAAAUAGCAUUUCAACCUUUGGUCAUGCUACUAUACCUGUGGCAAGGAAUGUUUUGGGGUCUGUCAUCCGUGUGCGUGUUUCUCAUGCUGUAACUGGAUAGCUGACAACUGGGGAUACAGCCUGA